AGGGUUAUAAUAGAGAUGCUAUUGAGAAAAAGAAAAUGGGCAGUGCAGUGCAGAGAGAUAUUGUUGGAUAGGGAUAGGCGGAUUUGUAGAUGAUGACAAAGAAGAAGAAGAAAUAGAGAGCAAAGAGAGGGGGAUGUGGGCUCUUUUUCGGAAACUUGGGUUUGUGUGCGCCACAAGAAGCGAGCAGCAGAAAUUGAAACUAAUUGAGGAGAAAAUUGAAGGGCUGAUUACGCUGUAUAGGAAUAGUGGUAUGGCAUUUGUCCCCUGCUUUAACGGCCACUGGUAAUGUUAUUGUAUACAAGGGGGAAACAAUCAACAGAAUGGCCGCGACUGCUGUUAUUGGACUUAGUGCAGGAAAGAGGCUUUUGAGUUCCUCUGUCUAUUACUCUGAUUAUGCGGAGAAGUUCUGCAGUAGCAGUGAUAUCGGAUUCCCACAUCAUCAGGUUACUUCCUCCAAGAAUGUGAUUAGUGCAAAAAAAUCUAGCUACAGUUCUAAUUUUCUCUCCAAGCGAGACAACAGAUCUGUUAAAGCUCUCAAGGAGCAUGUUGAUACGGCUUCAAUUCCUUCAGAUUUGGAGCCAUGGUUCCAGAGUUCCAAGAAUUUGGAGGUGGAAAUAUCUGAUUUUGACUGUUCAGUAGAUGCGCUCCUUUUGCUACAGAAAUCUAUGUUGGAAAAGCAGUGGAACCUUUCACCCGAGGAGACUCUCAGGACUCCUACAACUAGAGAAAAAAAUCGGAAGAAGAUACAGGUCACUGGUUCUGGAAUAUCUGCUCGACGCCGUAGAAUAGAUACUAGGAGGAGAGCUUUGAACCAAAGGAGUCCCCAAAUUGAACUCAAUACACGGAAGCAGCAAGCUUCUGUUAUCAGUCCAAAGCUGCUUCAAAAUCAUAUGAGAGGCUAUUUAAAGGGUGCCUUAAGGGAAGAAUUACUCAGCCACACAGAAGUCAUCCACUUAUCCAAAAAAAUAAGAACUGGUCUCCACAUAGAAGAUAGAAAAUCAAGGCUGGAGGAAAGAUUAGGAUACGAGCCUUCCGAAGAGCAACUGUCAGCUUCCUUGAAUAUUUCCCGUGCUGAGUUACAGUCUACAUUAAUAGAAUGUUCUUUGGCAAGAGAAAAACUCGCAAUGAGCAAUGUUCGUUUGGUAAUGUCUAUUGCACAAAGAUACGAGAACAAGGGUGCUGAAAUGGCUGAUCUUGUACAGGGGGGUCUCAUUGGAUUACUUCGUGGGAUUGAAAAAUUUGAUUCUUCAAAAGGGUUUAAAAUUUCAACUUAUGUUUAUUGGUGGAUACGCCAGGGUGUGUCAAGAACAUUAGUUGAGAACUCAAGAACCCUAAGAUUGCCAACCUAUUUGCAUGAAAGACUCGGUUUAAUCCGUAAUGCUAAGACCAAACUGGACGAGAGAGGAAUAACUCCAUCAGUUGCUAACAUUGCAGAAUGUCUUAACAUGUCCCAGAAGAAAGUGAGGAAUGCCACCGAGGCCGUGAACAGAGUCUACUCUCUUGACAGGGAAGCAUUUCCCUCCUUAAAUGGUCUUCCAGGGUAUACACUUCAUAAUUACAUUGCAGAUAAUCGUCCGGAGAACAUCCCAUGGCAUGGAGUAGACGAGUGGGCACUGAAGGAUGAAGUGAACAAGCUCAUGAACACCACACUAAGGGAGAGGGAGAGAGAUAUUAUCCGCCUUUAUUAUGGUUUGGACAAUGAGACGCUUACUUGGGAGGAUAUAAGCAGAAGGAUUGGUCUGUCCAGAGAAAGGGUGAGACAAGUUGGACUUGUUGCACUGGAGAAACUAAAGCAUGCUGCGAGGAGGAAAAGACUAGAGGCCAUGCUGGUAAAACAAUGAUUUGAUAUGCUUUUUGUAACACUAAACAUACUUGUAUAUAAAUAGAAGGUGAAGCUGAAUGUUUAGUUUCUUCUGUGAAAGAACUAGUAGUACAUAAACUCUAUACAACAAGAAGCCCCAUCCCCAAUCAUUUGUGAGAUGACCACACAUGCUAAGAGCUUGUAACAAGCAGCCAAAGUUUUAUGCAUCGUUCAAACAGGUAUAUUGUGUAGUCACGUUAUUUUUGGAAUGUAUUCAACUACAUACAUUGAGAUGAGCAAAUAGAAGGAAGGAACUUAAUGAA